AUGGCCGACGCUCGCCUGCUGGAGGAGCUUGAAAAGUUCGCUACGCGGCCGGAUAUCCUAAUCAUGGGCGACUUUAACGCGCCCCAUAUUGACUGGAGCUCAACCCAUGCAAAUAGCUCAGAACAGACCUUCGAUAGGAGUUUUCUGAAUACGGCACUGAAGCUAUUUCUCACUCAACACGUCAUGUUACCAACUAGAGUACGCGAAGGCAAUCAAGCCAACUGCCUUGAUCUUGUCCUUACGAAGUCACGGGACAGCAUUGAUGAGGUUUCAUGCCUACCCCCCUUAGGUAAAAGUGACCACGUCGUUCUUCUAUGGGAUUACUCGCUUUUUUCCAUGCCCAAGAAACCCGGGACAGUAAGAAGAAACCUUUGGCGCGGGGAUUUCGACCAAAUGAGGGCUGAAAUUUCACGCAUUGAGUGGGAGUACAUAUUUGUUGGGAGCAUACUCGAAGACUGGCAACGGUUCCGAGAAAUUCUGCACGAGCUGAUCGUAAACCACUGUCCGCUUUCACGGAAGAGGUUAACGAACAGACCUCGAUGGCUUACGCAAGCCUUGAAGAAUGAAGUGAAUAAAAGACGACGGCUGUGGAAAAAAUCACUUUCUGACAGGAGCUCCACAUCUAUAUGCGCGUAUAAGUUCAAAGAAAUCGAGUCAAGGGUCUUAUCCUCAAAACCAGAAAGGAAUUCGAACGGGAUCUGCUUAACCGUGCCGCGGAGAACCCUAAAUUAUUCUACGGUUACAUUAGGCAGUGCACGCGGAACAAGGACCCAAUACCCCUGCUAAGGACUGCUGAAGGCGAACAUCUCACUGACGACAGGGCGAAAGCUGAUCACCUUUCAGAAUUUUUUUCGGUCUGUUUUUAGUAGCGAAACAGGAUUCAACCCUUCGGCCCCUCACUCCUUCGAAGACACCCCCAUUAUAGAGACCGUCCAGUUCACUGAGGGUAUGGUUCUGACGGAGUUGCUGAGGCUAAAAGAAUCCAAAUUACCAGGUCCCGAUGAGAUUCCGGCGAAGAUUUUGAAGGAACUCGCCGGUGAGUUGUCUAAGCCACUCUCCAUGCUUUUCCAUACUUCCUUCAAGACCGGAUAUCUGCCACCCGACUGGAAGUCGGCGUGGAUUACGCCGCUGUACAAGGGCGGAAGUCGGGUCUCUGCGAACAAUUACAGACCGGUCAGCCUCACCUCCAUUUGCUGUAAGAUUAUGGAGAAGAUAAUAAAGCAACAACUAAUGCAGUUCCUUGAACAAAACCAUUUGCUUUCCGAUUCUCAGCAUGGAUUCCGAAAAGGCAGAUCCUGUGUGACAAACCUGUUCUACUGUCUGGAACACUGGACUAGGGCUGUUGAUAGAGGAGAUAUGGUGCAUGCCAUCUAUAUCGACUUUAAAAAGGCCUUCGAUAGUGUGCCUCACCACCGCCUUCUAUACAAACUUAGCCGUGCAGGAGUGCGAGGUAAGCUUCUGAUGUGGAUUCGUAGCUUUUUAAUCGGCCGCUCUCAAGCCGUCCACGUCGGUGACCAAAAAUCUGCCGAGGCUGCCGUUAAGAGUGGUGUUCCCCAAGGCUCUGUUCUUGGCCCUACACUGUUCCUCGUAUACGUCAAUGACUGCGCAAACGAACUGAAUUGCGAUGUCGCAAUGUUUGCCGAUGACAUAAAGAUCUGGAGUACCAUACGAAGCGAAGUUGACGAGGCGCGACUGCAGACUAAUCUGGACCACCUCGAGCAAUGGUCGAAAGACUGGCUUCUACCGUUUAACGUAAACAAGUGUACUUUCCUUCGCGUCGGCUGA